AUGGCUGCCUCCUCGCCAAAGUUCGAUUCCGACGAAGAAUUCCAAAACGCCAUCAUGGAGAGCGCAGGUAUCAAAGGAACUUCAAGCUGCCCGGGCCCCGCCUCUUCCAAGAAUGACUCUCACAUCGCCCUCGUCAAGACCAGCAACAGCCCUGCACCCUGGUGUGACGAAUUUGAGAAUAUGAUAUCAGGCAUGGAUUUCGACGCCCGCAAUGCCCCAGCAAUGAUGGAGCACAAAUUCAAAAUCAUGCGGCUCCUGUGCAAGUUCAACGACCCAGCGCGCCUCGACGAGUCCGGCAUCAGUCUUGCAAAGCUCCGAAGCAGCAGCACUGAGAUACUCAAGCAAGCACUUGGGAAAAUCGGGGAGAACUCUGUCGUCGAGACGCCCUUGUACGCCAUUUUCGGCUGCAACACUUUCAUCGGCUCAACCGUCUAUGCAAACCAUGGCCUCGCCAUCCACGACUGA